AUGGUGUUCACUAAAGUACUAAUUAUAUUAUCCAUAAUAACAAUAUUGUCAAGAAAUGUAAAUGGAGUCGAUAAAUAUACUGAUGAGAACAGACCCUACGAGUUUGGUUUCACCAUAGAUGGUGAACAGCAUCGGCAUGAGAAAAAAGAUGAAAACGGGAUAAUAAUGGGAGAGUUUGGAUUCAUCACGGCGGAUGGAGUAUACCACGUGACAGUCUAUGCAACCGACGAAAAUGGCGGCUUCAAAAUAUUGUCUAUGAAAAAUAUACGCGUUAAGCCAUAUCCUGGAACUGCUACUCAAAAUUCACGGACUGGUCAUUCGUUGGCUCUAACAAGCACUCCAAAAACUCCAUCAAGUCCAGUUGAAACAAAUGCAGCGCCUUACAAAGAUACGCCGCUAUUACGAACGUCGCUUUCUUCAUCAAUUGAAAGCAAUAACCAUCCAAACAUUGAAGAAUCAAAAAUCGAAAACAGUCCAAAGCCAUCAUUGCAAAUAGUAAAACAGCCAGCUGCACCUAUACAGGCCUGCUCUCAUUGUAGUUUACCAACAACUACUACAGUUGCACCAAGAAUUGAUCCACCAACUAUCAAUCAACAAAAUCCAUAUAACUCUCAAGUUAAUCAAGAAGGUAAAAUAAACAACAGUCCAGAUGACAAGAAAUAUAAUCAGUUUACGAAUCAAGCCACACAAAACUACCAACCACAAUCAGCUCAAGAACCGCAGACAAAACUCCUAAAUAGUUACCAAGGAAGCUCUCAAGCGACACCUGAAGUUUCAAAUCAAGGUCUAAAUAGAAGAGUAGAAUUACCACAGCAAGCAUUAACUCCCCCAAAUAACCCUGGUCAACAAAACUACAAUAAAAAUCAAGGAACAUCCUACGAAAAUUCACAAAAUGAUAACAGGUCGCAACAAAAUAUUGGAUCAAAUAACAAUUAUGAUAAUACAGACCAAGUUUCAAAUAAUCCAUCAAUUAAUGUCCUUCGAUCUGGAUUUAAUACUCAAAAUCCGGAAAUAAGUAUUCCAAAUAGAGAAAUUGACCUUCCUCUUGGUAAUUCAUAUGAGGGUAAUCCACAAAUACCACAGAAUUACGCACUAAGUCAAAUUGUCUCAAACUCACCAAGUCAAUCAAAUGAGCGUAGCCCGAAGAGUUACGAACCAAGUAUAGGAGUACCUCAAAAUACUGUAGGAGUACCUCAAAGCACUGUAGGUGGUGUAAAUCUAAAUGAAUACGAUACAACAAACUUGGAGCCUCCAAAAUCGCCUAAACUACUAUCAGCUCAAAUGCAAAUAGUUGACAAAAACACGGAUAUUUAUCACAAAAAUCCUGGUGAAAAAGAUGGACUCCCAGAGGGUGUUACAAAAGAUUAUAUGAUGGGGGUGUUAUACGUUUUCAACUACACGGUUGGUUUUCAUGGACACUAUGAAAAGGGAUUUGCGGAUGGUUCAAAGGAAGGAUACUACUACGUGACAGGUAGAAACGGAGUCAGAACACGGGUUGAUUACGAAGCUGAUGAAAAAGGUUUCCGGCCUAAGAUUACCGAAGAGGUGCUUGAUUUAAUUUCUGAUGAAGUACCAAAACCUGAGACGGAGAAAGAACCACAGUACGGACUUAAAAGCUAUGAAUUCAAAUGGCUUUAUUUCCCAGUAGGCUCAAAACAAAGAUAA